AUCAGACUGAGCAGAUAAGAAUGUCAUGUGUUUCCUGCCAGGAGGAGCCUGUGAAGACUUCCAGUGACUAUCAGCUGACUGGCAUAGUCUCCCAUUUAGGAGGCAGCAUGAUGUCUGGCCACUACGUUAGUGACGUCCUGGGAGCCAGUGGACAAUUGCUCUGUUGUAACGACAGCCAGGUGUCGGUGUCCUGUGAAGCCUCUGUGCUGAGGUCCAGAGCCCGGAGUUCAUACCUGCUCUUCUACACGUACAGGACAGGGAAGCAGAAGGCCCCAUCUUACAGGGCCUAACGGGUCC